GACGGGUCCAGCGCACAGGAUCCUUCCUGCGCAUCCCCGGCCCCUCCCCGACGGGGGGGGCGCUGCUGACUCAUCCUCCCACCGUCCCCCCCCCACCAGAGGGGAGCUCAUCGAGGGGCUGCAUUGCAGACCCAGACACGCAGCAGACAAAAGGGACGCGGUGACGCCUGCAGCUCCCGCACAAAGAGCUGGUCCAGCAGCGAGUGAGCAUCCGUCUGUCCAUCCGUCCGUCUGUCCGUCCGUCCUCCGCAGCCUGAAGAUGCUGGACACCAUCAGCAGCCAGUACGAUUCCUUCAUCUACUGGAGGAUGCCGAUCCCACAGCUGGAUGUGGCCGAGCUGGAGGGGCUGGGGCUCAGUGAUGUGGCCCUCUACAAACCCAAAGGAGGGCUGGGCAAGCUCCUCAGCAAGCAGGAUGAGGCCCAGGACAUCUCCCAGGAAGAGGAGGGUCUGCUGCAGUUCAACAGCUUCAACUUCUGGCGAGCUCCCAUUGCCAGCAUCAGCUCCUUAGAUUUCGACCUAAUCUGAAGCCUUCCUCUCUGCCCCUCCUCACCCCCUGCCCUCUCCCUCUCUGCUAGGCUGUGUCAGGUUCGGGUUUGGUGUCGGUUUGGAGGUUGGGGUUUUGGUGUCACCAGGCAGUGUCUGACAUCGUUCAUUAACAUUAAUGAAGUGGUUCACCCUGACCUGACAGAAAUGAGCUCCCCUCAAAGCUUCAGCCCUUUUCCACCUUCUCCCUCAUCUCCCCUCCUUGCACUGCCGCUGGCACCACAACGAUGCGAGCAGGGGGUAAUGGGAUGGGGGCAAACACACGGGGAGGGGACAGAAACAGCCACCCCAUUGCCCCACGUCCACAUGGCAGCGAGUGUGGGAGGUGCUGGGGGUUCUGCCCCCCCUGCACCCCGUGGCUCUGUGACCAUGGGGUUGAGCUGAUUUCUGGUGUGCUCCUAUAGGAACCUCAUUUGUGCCCAGGGAAUAGUGCAGACCAGGGGGAACAGGCUUCGUGCUGCAGGAAGCAUCACUCCUGCUCCUCUCCCCCUGUGCCCCCAGCCCAGUCUCUCCUAAAGCCACAUCCCUGCUGAACCAGACCCUGAGGGAUGUGAGGUGGGAGAGGCAGGGACGUGGCCAGGACAUGCACAAACCUCUGCCUUGGAGGAAUCAUCUCUCUGAGGCUGUGGCUUGAGCCCAAGCAGGAGGAAUGACACCAUGAGGAUAAAACACACAUGGGAAUGCUGCAGCCUGGA